AUGACGCAAGACCUCGGCAUUACGUAUCAAGACCUUGCCAACGCCCAAGCCAUUCAGCUCGUUGGCCUAGCUUCCAGCUGCGUCCUCUUUAUUCCCCUUACCAAAAAGUACGGACGCCGGUCGACCUAUGUCUUCUCCACGGCUCUCGUCGCAGCCUCAUCGUGGUGGAUGGCAUACAUGAAAACCAAGGUGGAACUCUAUUUAACCAGCCUGCUGUAUGGCCUUGCUGCCUCGACCACCGACACAUCAAUCGAGAUGUCGAUAAACGACUUAUUCUUCGUCCAUCAGAGAGCUACCGCGAAUGGUAUUUAUGCCGUAGCCGUCAUGGGCGGCAGUUUCCUCACGCCCAUGAUAGCCGGUGUCCAGGCCGAGGCACAAGGCUGGCGAGUCUCGUACAUGACGCUCGCGGGCUUCAUGAGUGCUAUUCACGUCAUUUUCAUCUUCUUCUUCGAAGAGAAUAAGUGGAUACCGACGAUUGAGGGCACGCAGGCGUCUACUUAUACUACCAAUGGUAAAAUUGACCUGGAGGCGGCUCCCUCCGCUACUCCCUCGACCUGGCAGAGGUACCGACAUGCGAUGCGGUUUCUCACCCAAACCGACGAAUCGUUGUUGAAGCUCGCGAUUGCUCCCGUAUACACUUGUUUCAUGCCACACGUCGUGUUUGGCUGGCUGCAGCUAGCAUCCGGCGUCUGCUGGCUUGUUGUUCUCUCAUCCGUUCUAACGAUAGUGUUUGCCGCGCCGCCGUAUAACUUUAAUCCAGCUCAAGUCGGCUACAUGUAUACCGGCCCGACGAUAGGAACCAUCCUGUCCUUCUUUUACGGAGGGCCCUUGACGGAUUGGGCUAUUGUGCGGCUGUCUCGAAGGAGUGGAGGGGUGUUUGAGGCCGAAAUGCGGCUGUAUCCUCUUAUUCUCCCUGCUAUUGUCAGCACAGGCGGUUUAAUCAUGUUUGGUGCGACGGCGGACAGGGUAAGAACUUGA